AUGCCGGAACCUCUUGAGAAGCGGAGAAAAGGAGAUCCCGAGCCCUUGCCGAAAAAGAUCGAUCCGGAUGCGCAGAUCACAAUCCGUUUUGUCGGCGAGGAUGGGAGCGAAUUGGGCGGCGGGGGCAUCGUUCUCCCUUCGGGGGUUUCUGUCGGCAACCUACAGCAGCUUUGCAACACUCUUCUCGAAUCUGGCGAUGACCCAGUGCCGAUCUCGUUCUUUACUGAAGAAGGGCUCGAAAUUCGUGACACCGUCAAUGAUUCACUGGAUACGAUUGAUCAAGAAAAGACCCUAACACUGGUCUAUGCGCCUCAAGCUGUUUUCCGCGUGCGACCAGUCACGAGAUGUUCGUCCUCAAUGCCGGGACAUGGAGAGCCAGUCGUUUCAGCUCAGUUUAGUCCCGAUGGCAGCGGUCUGGCUUCCGGAUCGGGCGAUUGUACAGUUCGAAUUUGGGAUACACAGACUGAGCUGCCGUUGUACACAUGCAAGGGGCACAAAAAUCACGUACUCUGCGUCGCAUGGUCGCCAAAUGGUUUGCGUAUCGCUUCCGCGUGUCGUAAUGGCCAGAUUCUUCUCUGGGAUCCGGCGACGGGCGAGCAGGUCGGCAAGCCGCUUGCUGGACAUAAACAGUGGAUCACUAGCUUGGCCUGGCAGCCAUUGCACCAGGAUCCCUCCUGCAGACUACUUGCUUCCGCGGGAAAGGACGGUAAUAUCAAAAUCUGGGAUACGGUCAAAGCAUUGCCCGUGAAAACCCUGAGCGGCCAUACUGCCUCGGUUACUUGUCUGCGUUGGGGUGGACAAGGUCUGAUCUACACCGGGUCGCAGGACCGAACGAUCAAGGUAUGGCGUGUGGAUGACGGAGUGAUGUGCCGUAAUUUGACCGGACAUGCGCAUUGGAUCAAUACACUAGCCUUGAAUACGGACUAUGUGAUGCGCACUAGUUGUUUCGAUCCCAGCAAGGGCUCUAAGCAUCCGGAAAAUGAAUCACAGGCGAAAGAAAUUGCGGAGAAGCGUUAUCAAGAUGCGGUGCGUGUUUGUGGUGGGGAAAGACUCGUUUCAGGAUCCGACGACUUCACCAUGUUCCUUUGGAAUCCCAGUGAAAAUAAGCAGAUGAUUGCGCGUCUAACUGGCCAUCAACAGCUGGUUAAUCAGGUGGUCUUCUCCCCAGACACCCGUUGGAUCGCUUCAGCCUCCUUCGACAAAUCGAUCAAACUAUGGUGUGGACGUACCGGGAAAUUCCUCGCUUCGUUGCGAGGCCACGUUCAGGCUGUUUAUCAGGUGGCUUGGUCAGCCGACAGCCGUUUGCUAGUCUCUGGCUCGGCAGAUUCUACGUUGAAGGUAUGGGAUAUGCGCAGCAAACAUCUGAUGUUUGACCUGCCCGGUCAUGGUGACGAGGUCUACUGUGUUGAUUGGAGCCCGGAGGGCACGAAGGUCGUAUCGGGCGGAAAGGACAAGAUUCUGAAGUUGUGGCGCCAA